ACCUUCUCUUCCGUUGCGCAUAAACAGAAGAUGGGGCCCAAUUCCUUUCUUCUUCUUCUUCUUCUUGGUGCUUGUGCUAUUCUACCUCUUGCAAAUAUAUCCUCCGCUUCAAGAUUGGGAGGAGCUGGCACGGUCCCAAAACCAGGAGGGUACGGUCCAAUAAAGAACUUGAGCGAUCCACACUUGGGUGAGAUUGGUAAGUUUGCGGUGAGUGAGCACAACAAAGAGGCCAACACCAAGCUUGUGUUCACCAAAGUGAUCAAAGGUGAGAGCCAAGUUGUGGCUGGAAUCAACUACAAGCUUGUUAUCGAGGCCAAGGAUCAAAAUAAUGAGGUGGGGAGAUAUGAGGUUAUUGUUUAUGAGAGGGCUUGGGAGAAAUAUAUGGAGCUUACUUCCUUUAACCCUGUUGGUAUUCCAGGAGGGUAUAUCCCAAUAAAGAACUUGAGUGAUCCACACUUGGUUGAGAUUGGUAAGUUUGCGGUGAGUGAGCACAACAAAGAGGCCAACACCAAGCUUGUGUUCACCAAAGUGAUCAAAGGUGAGAGCCAAGUUGUGGCUGGAAUCAACUACAAGCUUGUUAUCGAGGCCAAGGAUAUUACUCGUAAUAAUAAGGUUGGGAGGUAUGAGGUUAUUGUUUGGGAGAAGUCUUGGGAGAAAUUUAUGAAGCUUACCUCCUUUAAGCCUGUUGGUAUUAAGGUAUAAAAUUAUUUAAAUAUAUGAUGUGAGUUUUGUGUGUUUGGUUGUACUGGUUGAUUGACUAUCAUAAUAAAGUGGCUAUUUUUGUUCUAA